GUUUUAUAGCUCAUAAAGUGCUGUGAAUGUAACGCUUGACAUCAUAAUAUAUAUAAACACGCACACACAUAUGCCUAAACACCUGUUAUGUGUGCUGGCUGUUGCUGUUGUUGCUGUUGCCGCUGUUGUUGUUGUUGUUAUGCAAUUGUAAAAUGCCGCAAUUUGAUGAAACUUUUUUGAGCGACUGCGCGCUGGCCGAACGCUGGCGUUUCUAUUCGUAUACGGUGAAGCAACCGCUGCCAGAUGAUCAACAUGAUCAGCAUGAUCAGCAGCAGCAGCAGCAGCAGCAGCAACAACAACAGCAAUCAAGUCAGUGUGCGCGUUGGUCAAAGCGUGAUAACAACAACAACAAUAGCUGCAGCAGCAGCAAAUACAACAACAACAACAAAUCGACGCUGCAUGACAUCAAAUUCCACAGGCGGCGCGAAUAUACAAAAUUGCCACGUUUGGCUUUAUCAACAGCAGCAACAACACCAACAACACCAGCAACACCAACAACACCAACAACACCAGCAACAACACCUCAAUGCACACCAUUGACACCAUCGUAUUUGCUGGUCAAGAAUGUGUUGCUCUACGGCAGCAUCAGUUCUCCAUCCACGCCCAGUAAUUGCUCGGGGUCGGGCGGCGGCGUCGGCGUCGGCGUCGGUGGCUGCAACAGCAGCAGCAACAACAGCAUCAACAGUGGCAGCAUCUACACGGCUCACUCUUCCAGCACAUCAUCAACGCCGCCGCCACAGCCGCCGACAACACCGUUGCAGAGCGGACGAGCCGGUGGCGUGCCACCUGCACCACCGAGCAGUGCAUCGUCGUCGUCGUCCUCAGGCGGCGGUGGUGGUGGUGGCGGUGGCGGCAGUGGAUCGUCCGGCCAUAAGAACAGUUUGAAGGGCACGAAAUUGGCGCGACGAGCGCGCUCCUUCAAGGACGAUCUAAUUGAGAAGAUCUCACUGAUGCGCACCACUAACAACACGCUCGGCCGGUCGCAUUCGCCGCACAGUCCGCGCAAUAAGCAUGCCACCAAGCCGCCGCCCACCACCGAGGAGGUGCAGCGGUCCACACAGACGCUGGAGACGCACGUCAAAGACAUUUCGAAUGCGCUCAAACACUUUCGCGAUGUCAUACUCAGAAAGAAGCUGGAAGUGCUGCCUGGCAAUGGCACCGUCAUACUGGAGACCAUUGCCAGCAUGUAUUCCGUCAUCCAGUCGUACACACUGAACGAGAACAGUGCCAUCAUGAGCUCGGCCACCCAGCAGGUGUAUCAAUCGCUUGGCAAGCUCAUCAAGCUCUGCGACGAGGUGAUGCUGAGCGAAAAGAGCACCGAAUGCGCCUCCCUGAGCAACGAGAAUGUCCGUGAGGUCAUCGAUCUGCUCGAGGAUGCUGUGCGCAAUUUGGUCACAUUGGCGCAGGGCAAACUCAAGGAGCAGGAUCAGUGCACGUUUCGCUACAGCGGCGGUGGCCUGGGCGGCAUCGGUGCCGCCGCCGACAUAAUGGGCGCCGUGACCGCCGCCAGCACGGCGGGCGGCAGUGUGCCCGGACUGCAUACGCCGGCCGAUGCGGCCGCGGCGGCUGCAGUCGCGCAGCGAACGUCGCUGCCGGACAUUGCGCUGACGCCCAAGGAGCGCGACAUACUGGAGCAGAGCAAUGUGAAUCCGAUGCGCGGCUCUCACAGCACCGAGAGCAUACUGCGCGACACGAGCCCGCCGCCAAAGCCGCCGCUGCCCAAUCGGUCGAGCAAUCCGCCGCCGUUACCACCAAAGCGUCGCAGCCAGCCGCAAUCGCAGCUGGCGAGUGUCAAUGCGUCCAAUAGCAAUAUGAAUACCAAUAACAAUACCAAUACCAAUACCAAUAUCAAUACCAAUACCAAUAACAAUGCCAAUGCCAAUAGCAAUAGCAAUACCAAUGCGAACAGCACCUGUCACUCGUCGCAGGCGAAUAGCCCAUUGCCCUAUGCGCAGUCGCACAACAUCAGCCUCAAUUCGGAUCUGGACUGCAGUUCGAAUUUCUCGCUGCUUAACUACGGCGUAGAUCGCCUUUCAGUGCGUUCCCGUUCACCCGACGAGAACAGCCAAUGCUCGUUCGACUCGGCGCUGAAUCAUUCGCGCGAGGAGGAGGAUCAAUUGCAGAAGCCGCCAUCGAGAACGCUGCACCAUCAGCAGCAUCAACAGCUGGACGACGAUGUCGACAAGCUCAUCAGCUACACAGAGAGUCCGAACGCUGCUGCAGUUGCUCCUGCUGGUACUGCCAACGCCUUGUCCCAGGAGGCGGGCAUGAGCAGCGUCCAGCUGACGCCGCACUUGUCGGCCGCCAGCUCUGACCCUGUACCGGGCUCUGGUGCUGGUUCAGGCUCCGGUUCCGGUUCUGGUUCCGGCGCCACUGAAGUCAAUACGGAACUGCGCAAAGCGGCGGCUGAGUUAACCAGCAAUCGUCAUUCAAAUGAAUCGGGCUUCGUGUCGAUGAUGUCAUUUCGCACCUCCACGCAGAGCGUCUCGAAGCGCUCCUCGGAGCACAGCGUGCAGUCUUCGACGAAAUCAUCGAGCAGCAAUUCGGAGAUUGUGUUCGGCAUUAGCGAGCUGACCUCCGCCUCAACGUCGUCGUCCAACACAACAACAACAACAACCACAUCGACAUCGGCGUCAACGACGAGUCGCAGCAACAGCAGCAACAAUGACUUCCAUCAGCUGAGCCAAACGCAACGCCACAUCACCAGCAACAGCAUCACCAGCAACAUCAACUGCAACAGCAACAGCAACAGCAGCAGUAGCAAUGCGACGGCAACAACAAUUAGCAGUGAGCAAUUGCAGGCGCUGGGCAGCAACUGCUCCUCGCCGGAAUUGGCGCCGGCGUUGCCACCUAAAAUGAAUUCACGGGCUGCCAUGAAGUUGCUCGAUGCGGCCAUGGAUGUGCUCGACGAUUGCAAUUUCGAAAUGGCAGAGCUGCGUCAGUUGUCGCCGCACCAUCAUGCGUCGUCGACGCAUCCGCAGUGGCAUUCCAAGCAUCACAGCCUGAUGGAGCCGCCGCCGCGCAGCGCCCAUCUGCCCAUCAGCUGCAGCAGCGCCUUCGGCAGGCAAUCGGAGGAGCCGCCGCCGUUGCCCGAGAAGAAGAAGUACAUGUUUCAGAGUGUCGCCUUCUCGGUUUUGGCUUACAUGGAAAUCUGUGCGCCGACUACCGUAGGGCCGAAUCGGCAUACGGUGCACGCGUACAACACCAGCCGCAACAUGUCGCAUAGCCAGACCAUCAACAUAAUGUCGGUUAGCAAGGAUCUGUCGCCGAAUCUGGAUACACCGCCUGCGCUGCCCCCGAAGAACUACAAACAGCGCAAGUCGUCAACGACGAUGGCGACGCUAUCGGGAGCGACGCCGCCAGCGAUCAUAACCACACCCCCAGCCAGUCCAAAGCCCAUGGCGAUGGGCGAUACGGCGUUACGGAACAGCCGCAUGACCACCGUCUCCGAGGAGCUGCACGAUGCGUCCAAUCCGAAGGAUGAGCCAACGGGCAGCACCACGGCCACAGCGAUGGCAACGGCUGUGGUGGAUAGCAAUGAGAACGUGGGCGGCUCCACCUUCUAUUGCCACUCGCACCAAUUGCCCAGCGAAACGUUGGCCGGCGCAGCAGAGCAACUGGCCACGCCCAUUAGUACGCCCAAAUUGUUGGAUACGAACGAGGCGCUGGUGCCGGAUCCAUUGGCCAGAGAGGAUGAGCUUGCCGAGCUGGACGGGGAGGAGGAGGUCGAUGAGAUGGAAGAGGAGGAGGAAGACGACGAGGAGGAGGAGGAGGAAGAGGGAGAGGUCGAUAAUCAAUUGCCAAAUAUGCUCGAAGAGAUCGACAUAACGCCAUACCUAAUACUCAAAAAGAAGGAGGAGGAUGGGCCCGAGGUGAAGGGCGGCUACAUUGAUGCACUGAUCGUGCACGCCAGUCGCGUCCAGAAGGCCGAUAAUGAAUUCAGCGAGGCCUUCAUUACCACCUUUCGCACCUUCAUCCAGCCGAUCGAUGUGAUCGAGAAGCUGACCCAUCGAUACACAUACUUCUUCUGCCAGGUGCACGAUCAGAAGCAGAAGGCCGCCAAGGAGACCUUCUCGCUCCUGGUGCGCGUCGUCAACGAUCUAACUUCAACGGAUCUAACCAGCCAGCUGCUCAGUUUGCUGGUGGAGUUUGUCUAUCAGCUGGUCUGCUCCGGCCAGCUGUAUUUGGCCAAGCUGCUGCGUAACAAGUUCGUGGAGAAGGUGACGCUAUAUAAGGAUCAGCGUAGCUAUGCCUAUAUACCCGAUCAAUUGGGCAGCGGCAGCGGCAGCGGCAGCAAUAGCAACAAUCAGCCCAGUCUGCUCGACUUGAAGUCAUUGGAGAUAGCCGAACAGAUGACGCUGCUGGACGCGGAGCUCUUUCAGAAAAUCGAAAUACCCGAAGUAUUAUUAUUUGCCAAAGAUCAGUGCGAGGAGAAAUCACCUAAUCUCAAUAAGUUCACCGAGCACUUUAACAAAAUGUCCUAUUGGGCACGUUCCAAAAUCUUGCGCCUGCAGGACGCCAAAGAGCGGGAGAAGCAUGUGAAUAAGUUUAUUAAGAUCAUGAAACACUUGCGCAAAAUGAACAAUUACAAUUCGUAUCUGGCGCUGCUAUCGGCGCUCGACUCGGGCCCCAUACGCAGAUUGGAGUGGCAGAAGGGCAUUGCGGAGGAGGUGCGCUCCUUUUGUGCGCUCAUCGAUUCGAGUUCCAGUUUUCGUGCGUAUCGUCAAGCGCUGGCCGAAACCAAUCCACCCUGUAUACCCUAUAUCGGUCUGGUUCUACAGGAUCUGACCUUUGUGCAUGUGGGCAAUCAGGACUAUGUGUCCAAGGGCGUGAUUAACUUCUCCAAACGCUGGCAGCAAUACAAUAUUAUUGUGAAUAUGAAGCGCUUCAAGAAAUGGUAAAUACU